AUGACCUCCCUAGGCUCAGCGUCGUCAUCAACGACGUUGUGGGCGACAGCGACCAAGGAGUGGGUGAUACAACCCAAGCCAAAGCCUGGCCGUAAGCCAAAGAAAGAACCCGCACCAUCUUCCAAUGACCCCUCUGAGACCGAUCCCAAGGGACGGCGCGUCCAGAAUAGAGCUGCACAACGUGCGUUUCGUGAGCGAAAACAAUCACAGCUUGCCGAGCUCCAGGCUCGAAUUCAGUCAUACGAGCAAGGCGAAAUCGAGAGAAAUGUUGCUCUCCAAAACGUAGCCAAACGCCUGAAGGAAGAGAAUGAGGCGUUGCGGAAGGAGAACAUGGCUCUGCAGGAGAAACUUUCGCAAAUUCAAAAACAACACGAAGAGCUAUCACAGCAAACUGCUCCGCCUACAACGGACAAAAAGAGGUGGCGAGACGACUCUCCAUCCAGCUCUUCGUCGGCGCAACCUCCCGCAAAGAAGAAAUCUCGUACAGAGUCAGAUACGGGCCAUACCACAUGGUGCCAACUGCCGUCUUCUGUUGCUCAACUUCCCUCUCCCUCGUCCAUGGUAUCAACGCCGGAGGCGACCGACUCCAGCGAAUCCACUUUCUCCCCAGUCAACUACGAUACGCCAGCAGACUUAGACCCCGGAUCCUUUGGGCAGAUAGAUUGCCUCCCCUCUGACAUGAAGCUCCACGAGUCCCUUCCCUCCUUCUCGUCCACCUUUUCUUGUGGCUUCUGCGACGGCGGACGAAAUCCCUGCAUGUGCCGUGAAAUGAUGGCUGAAACUGUUCUGGAGCAUACCGCGGCGUCGGCCGAGUUCAAACCUCACACCUUUGGCGAGGUGCCCAUUGACCAGCCUAUAAAUGAGCCAACUCCCCUGUCACCUACCGAUAUCAAUCGUCCGUCAAUCCUCGACAAUUUGCCAGCAUACCAGCCCCCAGUUCCUUUAAAACGCAAAUCCCGGGCUGUUUCCAGCAACUCUAUAUUCCCUGUUCGAGCAGCGCCAGCGAGGGCGGAAGCUACCUGCUCGGGUGACCCAUCCAAUUGCUUAGCGUGUGCGGACGAUGCCUUCGGAAAGGCUUUCUGUGCAGCCAUCGGAAGUUCAGCACUGAACAGUGCCAAUUGCAACGACUGUCCAUCUAGAGUAGAUGGCGGUUCCGCAGGUGGAUGCUGCGGAGGCGGGGAUGGAACGGGCUGCGCCAAUUGUCUAUCGGGUUCAACCACCCUGAAUUCCUCGGAUUUCUUGCCAGAGGUAAUGCCCACCAACACCGCUUGGCAGAGGCUGAAAGAGCAUCCGAACGUCGCUUUUGCGGACCUCUCUCUCCUCGCAGAAGUCGUCGCUAGUCGCUCUAAGUGCGCCGGACCGCGCAUCGUCCUGUCACCUGCUCCCCAGCUACCUCAAGAUCCUGACACCUCGACCAUCAAUUACGCGGACAGACAGCUGGAGGACAAUAGACGCUCACCUCCUCUCAGACUGGUGCCUCAGGAGGUUCUGUUGGAAUGUGGACGGCGGACCAUGCGGCAUGUGCACGCCGACGGCGUGCGAGAAGCCCUCAGGUUGCUCGACGCCAAGUUUUCCUGA